AUGGAGCGAUCACAAGCUAUCAAUAAGCAGCUCGGACAUUCAAAGCAUUGGUAUAUGGCUACUCCUUCCUUAUCUGAUUUCAUAUGGCCAUGGUGCCUCAUUUCAUUGCUUGGUGCAUCAUCCGGGACGUACUUUACAUAUGCCUAUGGGAUUACUCCGAAAGAAUGAAUUGACAGAGAAAAUUUGCGCUUUUGAACGGGGCCAUCAUUUUAUAUGAAUUACUGUUUAGUAUGAUUCUGGAUAUAUAAAGUGGUAUCCAUGAUUCAGAUUUUAAAGAAGGAAACUACAUGGGAAUCAUAUAUACAUAUCUACGAAGAAUUCCCAGCAAAGGAGCAUUUUCGGAUGGGUGGCAACUAAUUAGGCAAGCAAGCUAAUGUUUGACUAACCAAAAAAGGGUUUUAGAGGGCUAUUCAUCGUAAAAAUUAGCAUAGAGUUUGCGUCAUUCGGGAUAUUUUCACAACUUUCGCGUUCUGAGCUACAUAUAAUAUCUUUGAGUGAAUCUCCAAAAGAUUACUUACUUUCACAAUAUCAGGGCACUCCUUUGUUUUAGUUGUUAUAAGCAGCAUGAUUUUAUUUGAAGCAGAAACAAAUUACAGGCUAACAUAUAAUGAAUUGAUGAUUUACAUUGGAAAAGGCGUCAUCGCAUAUAAUUAUUAUAUAUUUUUCUGGACCUGCUUCGCUUUUCAUACGCUUAGCCACACAGUUAUGGGGCUUGUAGUAGGGUUUACAAUUACGUAUUUCGUUUAUUUUAGAAUGGAUAAAAUCAGAAUAACAUAA